UGCUAGAGCUGUCUAGCUGUCACUUCAACAACCAAGCAACAACCUGGUUCUACAGUGUUACAUCUGAGAAGCGCAGUGAAUAACAGGGGACCAUGGCUACAACACUGCUUCCGUUUCUGAUGAAGAUAAAAAAUUGUAGUGAUGCUGUUCUCUCUUUACUUACAGAUACUAUGGAAGGAAGCAACGGUAUCUGGCCCAGUCAGAAGCAACCAGGGGGUCUUGUCUGGUCGACACAGCUUGGCCAACAGCCCAUCCAACCCCAGGCCAUGCCCUGCUUUCCUGGACAGCCCAGCACCCCCUGCUGGCCUGGUCCACAGCCAUCCCAACCAGCCCCAACUCCGGCUCAACCUCAGCCAAUGCCCUGUUUUCCUGGGCAGCCCAACACCCCCUGCUGGCCUGGGCAACAGCCAUCCCAACCAGCCCCAGAUCCAACCCAAAACUGGAACUGGCCUGGUCCGCAACCAUCCCAACCAUCCCCAGCUCCAUCUCUAAACUGGCCUGGUCCCCAACCACAACCAUCCCCAGCCCAUCCCUGCCAGCCAUGCUGGCCUGGACCCCAUCCCCAGCCUCCCCAAUUCCAGCCUCAGCCUACACCCCAGCAUUUUCAACCUCAAGGCCCAGCUCUGAUUCAAGCCCAGGCCCAGGGCCCCAGUCAGCCUAGUGUCCCAGGGUGGCCAGUCCCAGGCCUUAGCCCAAGCGUUAACCCAGGGUCUGGAUGGCCAUUAGGCCCUGUUCAGGACACAGAUGGCUUCACACCUGCUCCACAGUGGAAUCCGACACCAGCUGGACUGAGCGUGCCCUACAACCUGAACCUACAAAGAGGCAUCUACGACAAGAUGAUGAUCACCAUCAUGGGCCGGGUCAAACCAAAUGCUAAGCAGUUCACAGUCAACUUCCUGCGAGGUAAAGACAUCGCCUUCCACCUCAACUCUCGGUUCAGUGAGGGGGGCAAGCAGGCAGUGGUGAGGAACACCAAGGUGGGAGAGCGCUGGGGGAAGGAGGAGAGGCACACACAGGGAGGCUUCCCCUUCAUGGCAGGACAGUCCUUCGAGAUGAAGAUUCUGGUUACAUCUGGGGAGUUCAAGGUGGCUGUGAACAGAGCUCAGCGGUUUGAGUUCAAACACCGUGUCAGAGAACUCAGCCAGAUCGAUCGCGUCAACAUCCUCUAUGAUGUCAUCCUCACCUCCAUCAACGUAGACACAAUGCCAUGACACCCACACCCACGACAUCCAUAUACAGUAUAUAGCACCCAGCAUAGGCUACAUGCAUAACAUGGCAUCAAUCUGCAUUUGUCUUUGCACCCGUUUUAUGAUGAUAAUGAGCUGUACACUUAAAACCACAUUAAUUCCCACUAACAAACACUCCAUCUGCAAACGUGUGUAAUGUUAAAGGCCUAAGAAUUCAACACUGCCAUUUCAUUGUAAUUCUUAUAUUUCAUAUAACUAUUUUCUGUUGAAUGUCUAUAUAAAUAUACAUAUUUUAUGACUUUGAACUGACUAAAGAUCUCAGUAGUUACAGAACAUCUCUAUAUGAGAAGAUUCAGCGUCCUUCAGGGGUCGUUUUUAGAAUCUAACCAGCUGGGUUAACUUUUGCCACUGUAAAUCAGUUGGUAGAGUAUGGCGCCUGCAACGCCAGGGUUGAGGGUUCGAUACCCAUGGGGGAACAGUAUGGUAAAAAAGUAUGAAAAUGUAUGCACGCACUACCAGAAGUCGCUCUGGAUAAGAGCGCCUGCUAAAUGACUAAAAUGUCAAUGUAAAAUUGUAUGAAAUAAAACCAUUCAAUUGAAUGAAGUUCUUUAAAAUAUU